AGUGUCCUAUCUGGAGUGAACUCAAGUCUGCUGAAUCGGUGCAAAGCACAUUGUUACAUGCACACACAAUGGACUAACUAAGCUACCUGUGAGCAGCUGGAACGAAGGCUCUAGGCUGUGCGCUUUACCACUCCAAUAGUGAGUGACGUCCUCUUGGAAAACGAUUGAUACCAACUAUUUCAGGUAUGAUUCAGAGGAAGGAGGUGGUACUCUCAGUCCUAGGGGAGCUGCAGGAUGCCACGGAGAGCUCCGGCCUGGACGCCCUCACCAGGGUAGCACUGGAGGUCUACCAGGUCCUGACCCCCUUCACCCUGCCUUCCUCCCCCUACCGUGAGUUCCCUGACUGGGCAGGGAUCGACGGCGUGGCCCGUAGCCUGUACCCUGCAGAUGCUCCCGGAGGCCUCCUGCCUCUGGUCUGUAAGGGAGAGGGGAACUUGCUGUUUGAUGCAGCCAGCAUGCUGCUAGUGGGGACCGCUAGUCUCAGGCUGGAGCUACAGGUGCGUACGGUGGUGGAGAUGCUGCUGUGGAAGAGAUACUACCUGGGUGGUAUGAUCGACUCUAAGGUGAUGCUGCAGGCAGCCAGGUUCAGCUUGUGUGCCGAGGAGUCAGAGGACAUGCUCAACCUCCCGCUCUCCGUCCUCGAAGCUAUCUUCGACGCCGACGUCAAAGCCUCCUGCUUCCCCGGCUCCUACGCCAACAUGUGGCACCUCUACGCCCUUUCCUCUGUCCUCCAGUGGAACGUCUACUCUGUCUACCCCAUGUACAACCUCAAGAUACGACCCUACUUCAACCGCCUGAUAAGACCGAGGUCCUACCCCAAAGAUGUGAACCCCGUCACCAUGCACAUCAUGUGGUCUGGAGAGCUGGAGGGAGGCUCCUCCAGCUCCAGGUUCAGACCCAGAGUCUUUGUAGCGUUAGUCCAGGCUAGUGACCUCCAGGUGGGCAGUCCUAACGAUGAGCUGAGGGUCCCCCCGCUGAAGACCCUGGAGCUUCUCAACCGGGACUCUCACCUGUCCUACUCCAGUCUGAAGGACAAGUACAACAUCACCAAGAGCACCUUCUACCGCUGGAGGCGGCAGACGCAGGAGCACCGCAAGAAGUCUGCUGCCAGGUACGAGGCCAAACACUUCCUCCAGGCGUGCUAUCUGGAAGGGAAGCUCAUCCCACUGCACCUGUUUAAAGAGUUAUUCCCUGAGAUCUCCAGGUCCACCUACUAUGCAUGGAAGCACGAGCUGAUCUCGUCCGGCGGUAGUUUCUCCACGUUGUCCGCGGGGGAGGUGAGUCCAGGGGACAGCACGGAGCAGGAGUCCUGGUCCUCCCCAGAGUCCAAGCCCGGGCAGGAGGAGGACCAUGAGGUAGAGCCAGACCCAGAGCGCCACGACAGCGUGGCCAGUCUGUUCGGCCUGAACUACAACAGUGAUAAGAUGGAUGGAGAACGGGCCCAGAGCAUGGCGCUGAUGCAGGAGGCCAAGAAGGUUCUUCAGAACUGCAUCGCUAUGAAUACAUCAUUCCCCUUCCGGAUCUUCAAGAGGAGCUUCCCUGGGAUCUCCAGGUCAACUUACUACAACUGGAGGAGAGAGGCCAUGCUAUUUAACUGUGGCUACAAGGUUGGGAGCAGUGAAAACAGCUUGGAUGCGGAUAAGAGUAGUCCCACCGGUGGUCUGUCCCCUAUCGUGGGGACUGAGAGCCAUGGUCAUGCUGCCGCCGUCUUCCCCAGAGCGAAGAUCUGUAGAAACAACCAUAAAGGGUUCAGGAUGGUGUUCCUACGCAGGAAGAAGCUCCGAGAAGCUGCCAAGGUGAAGGUCUGGAGGUCAAAAUGGCCUCUGUCUAGGUUCAGAGUGAAGUACCCCUCCCUGUCCCUCUGUUUCUAUUGGUUGUGGCGAAACAGCGCCAGUCGAACCAGGAAGGAGGAAAUCACCACCCCGUCACUAGAGAUGGACAGGUCUGAGGUCAUUAUUAUGGAGAACAACAACAACGCAGUGAAAGGGAAUGGGAUGAUGAUGAUGAUGGCAGAGCGUGAGAUAAAGACGAGGGCUCCAAUUCAGGACGUGUUCUCCUUUGAGGGGGACCCAACAGAGGAUCUGAGGGGCCCUGUCACCAUGGCCUCUGUGACAUCCCCCUUCGACGCCCCCUCCCUCUACCGAGGUCCCCCCUGCUCCUCCCCCUCACCAACCCAACCAAGAUGUCCGCCGCCACCACCGACAGACGACCAGAUGUUUGUGAUGGAUCUGGUGGUCCUGGCCAACUUCAAGGCCAAGGCCAAACUGUUCCUCCAGCAACGCUUCGAGGAGAAGUCCUUCCCCACCUUCAAAGAGUUCAGGUCCUACUUCCCCCUGACUCCCCGAUCCACAUACUAUAUGUGGAAGAGGGCCCUGCAUCACGGCGUGCCACUGGUACAUGGCUGAGAGACAUGGCUGAGAGAGGGCACCAAGUGUAGUGGUGGUCAUGCACUCUGUUACAGUAGCUCCAAGCAGAAGGGUGUCCCUGUAGCAAACUCAAAUGCUCUCUUGUCUGUAGUCUCUUCCGAAUCCUAAACUAUCCCCCCUCCCCCCCCUUCACUCCCUCAAACUGAGUCCUCAGUAUCAACCCCCACCUUUCCUCACCCUCUUGAAAUUAUGUAGAUUUUUCACCUGAUGUUUUCAACUGAGCACACUGUAAUUGUUUGGUUUAUAGUUUGAGGUAUGUUUCAGCACCUGGGUGAAGCCUAAUGGAUUGAAAUUGCAGCCAAAUGCAUCUUAGGCAUGAUGUUCUCCCCUCCAUCUCUUCUCCCCUCCAUCUCUUCUCCCCUCCAUCUCUUCUCCCCUCCAUCUCUUCUCGCCUCAUUUGCACGUGUGUGAAAAGAGACUGUCCGUCCUACAAUUCCAGUAAUGUUCCUCUGGCCUCCAGGCAAAAGGCAGUUGAAAGUGACCAACCAGUGGGGGUUGAUUUAAAUGACUCUUUGUUUGAGACUGGAUGUUUGUUCUUCUUCUCUUGGUUUUAAUCUCCUUCCGGAAGGACUCCUUUAUUUCCCUCUUUUUCAUUUUAGUUCAAUUGUUUUCAGGCUCCUUCAGGAUGUUCUGUUUUUGUUAAUCCAUUUGAUGUCUGUCUAUCUGUUUUAGAGGAUUCCUAGCGGUUUACCCUUUAGAUGUGUUGUACUGAAAGAAGUCUGUGGUUGCGUCAGGGAAAGGCCUGUUUCAGAAAUCCAGUUUCUCCUUUUUUUAUUUUUUUUUAUUUUUUUAUACAUGUUCUGUACACACAGUUUUGAUUCACUAUUUUUGGACAUUUGAAUGUACAUCUAAAAGGAUGAUUUCACUUGGUGCAUCGCCAUUUUGUGUUUCAGGGUCUUCAUGAUUUACAGAUGCAAUAGAUGCUACACCGAACAGGUAAUGAGCUAUAGAUGUGACACAUUGUCUCCUACUGUAAGGUAAUUUUGCACUAUGGUAUUUCAAUGGGAUACGGAACAUAUCUCAACCACAUGUCAGGGAUAGUUUUUGCACCAUAUGUUACAUGGUUGUCUUCUCAAGACGGAUUUAUUUAAAUUUGAAUUGACCAGUUUGUUUUGUAAUUAAUGUUUACCACAUUUCUGGACUUGCUACCAGAACAUGUAAUAUGCUAAUUGGCCUAAUUAAGUGUAUAUUUUCUUUUAAGAAUUUCUAUAUUUUCUCUGUGAUUACCAUGCCUUUUUAUUUUUUAAACUACCUAUCAUGUAUGUUUUUCUGGUAACCCUAAUGUGAAGUGAGUCUUCUCUCUAUUUGAAGUCCUAAAUCAUGGUAUGUUAGUUUUGUUAAAUCAUGUUUGUCUUAUUUUUUUUAAAAAUAAUGAAAUGUGAGUUCCAUUUAGUUGUUUUGUUCCCAAACACAUUCUCUCAAAGAGUAUUGAAAUUUCAGACACGGGUGUAUUGGUGUACCACUGCCAUCAUAGCAGCCAAACAUGAUAUUUUUUUUCUAUUUUAACAUUUUCCUGCAUAUUUGUUUGUAAAAACUGGUGGAGUGAAACUAUUUUUUGUUGUUGUUGCUAUGAGGCAGAACAUCAAUAAACCACCCACUCAAACUCA